AAGAAAAGCUUGCUGCAGAGAACACAAAUACACAAAGUUGGAUCAUCAUCCAUCCUAUUAUAAAAGCGAAUUCCUGUUUUAGAAAUUUGUCUUGUUUCAGCGAUCAAGCAUUUUUGAUUCUCCAAUUUUAAAUUCCUGACCGGUAUUCUUUUAAUUAGUUUUCUAAGAUGUGGGCGGCUUCUUGCCUUGCGUCCUGCUGUGCUGCGUGCGCCUGCGAUGCAUGCCGAACUGUCGUAUCAGGAAUAAGCAGGCGGUCAGCUAGGAUUGCUUACUGCGGUUUAUUUGCUUUGUCUCUAAUUGUCUCAUGGAUUCUCCGUGAAGUUGCAGCUCCUCUCAUGGAAAAGCUUCCUUGGAUUAAUCACUUUCAUAAGACCCCCGAUAGGGAGUGGUUUGAAACUGAUGCCGUGCUGCGUGUUAGCUUGGGAAAUUUUCUCUUCUUUACUAUUCUCGCCAUUAUGAUGGUUGGUGUCAAAAAUCAGAAGGAUCCUCGUGAUGGUGUACACCAUGGUGGUUGGAUGAUGAAAAUCAUCUCUUGGUGUAUUUUGGUUAUCUUUACAUUUUUCCUUCCAAAUGAGAUUGUCAGCUUCUAUGAGUCGAUAUCUAAAUUUGGAUCAGGAUUCUUUCUUCUUGUUCAAGUUGUGCUUUUGUUGGAUUUUGUUCAUGGAUGGAAUGACAAGUGGGUUGGAUAUGAUGAACAGUUCUGGUACGUUGCUCUAUUUGCCGUAUCACUUGUUUGCUAUUUGGCAACAUUCGUCUUCUCGGGAUUUCUUUUCCAUUGGUUCACACCAUCUGGACAGGACUGUGGGUUAAACACUUUCUUCAUUACCAUGACCCUGAUUUUUGCAGUUGUUUUUGCUAUUGUCGCACUGCACCCUGCUGUAAAUGGUAGCAUUUUGCCGGCUUCAGUUAUAUCUGUAUACUGCAUGUACCUAUGUUACAGUGGACUUUCCAGUGAACCAAGGGAUUACGAGUGCAAUGGUCUUCACAAACACUCAAAAGCUGUUUCCACAGGAACCUUGUCUAUUGGUCUGCUUACGACUGUCCUAUCUGUAGUCUAUUCUGCAGUACGUGCUGGAUCCUCUACAACUCUUCUCUCACCACCAAGUUCACCUCGUGCAGGGAAACCAUUGCUGCCUUUGGAAAAUAAGAUAGCAGAAGAGCAUGAAGAGAAGGAGAAAAGUAAGCCAGUCACAUAUUCUUAUGCUUUCUUCCACAUCAUCUUUUCUCUUGCUAGUAUGUAUUCAGCAAUGCUAUUGACUGGUUGGUCAACCUCGGUUGGGGAGAGCGGAAAGCUAGUUGAUGUCGGGUGGCCUUCUGUGUGGGUCCGGAUUAUCACGGCCUGGGCAACUGCAGGUCUCUAUGUUUGGUCUCUGCUUGCUCCUGUUCUCUUCCCAGAAAGGGACUUCUGAGUCUCCUAUUGGUGCCAACUGCCACCCAUAUUAAUGGAUGGUCACAUUAGUGUGUAUAUGUGAUGUAAUUGCAACUUUCUGAUUGUAUGGACGAAUGUUGGUUAUGACAUGGUAAAACAGGCAUUACUGCA